UUUAUCUUGGGCAUCCUCUCUGUAGACAACCAUUAUUUUUCUACUGACCCAAGGAGGAGGAGGAUUAGUAAUUUUUAACUUAUAGUUUUUAGAUCACAGUGUUUUUAUAGUCCAGGUCUAAGGAUCAUGGGCGAUGUCGCACUAUGUUUAUUAAUAGUUAUUGUAAAUAUUUGUCUGUGCUCAAACACUGGAAAUACAAGUCACAGGUUAACUAAGAGGAAGGCAACAGAUUGUCCUAAUCCCCAGGAGUUCCAGUGUAACUCAGGUCAGUGUAUCUCACAGUACGAUGUCUGCGAUGGGGUGAAGCAUUGUUCAGACAGCUCUGAUGAGACAUCAUCAGCUUGCAGACAAGUUCUUAUUAGCACUUGUACACCAACAACGUUCCAAUGUGAUUACGGAGCUUGCAUCAGUAAGGCGUUGCGAUGUGACGGAAAGAGUGAUUGUGUCGCUGACGGCUCUGAUGAAGUCGGAUGUGAGAAUUGGACAGUACCACAACCACUCCCAGUCAGUGCCUCUGUUCAAAGUGUCUCAGCUCCUGCUCAAGUUUUGACACCAGACCCUACUCCUUCUUCAGUUUGUAAUUCCAUAGGAUAUGAGCAGACGUAUGUUCAGUGUGACAAUGGGCAGUGUAUUGACAAGUACAGCAUCUGUGAUGGAGUCAUUGACUGCAGAGACAAGUCAGAUGAAACUGAGGCAGCUUGCUCCAAAACAUUCCAGGGAACGUGUCCAGAAGGUUUGUGGAGAUGUAACUAUGGAGCCUGUUUGAGAAUGACUGUUCUCUGUAACAAACGCAAUGACUGCUGGGAUGGAUCAGAUGAAGCAGAUUGUGUAGAAAUUCAAAGACCAAAACAGGAAACCAUUGUCUCCUACCCGGCUGCUCUCCCUCGUCCAUCUGUAAAACCCACUACAGUACAAUCCACUGUAGUUCGACCCACUGUAGUGCAAACUCCAGUAAUACAGUCUUCUGUUGUGCAAUCAGCAGCAGUUACCGGAGGGAAGUCGUGUGCAGUGCCGACGUAUGCUCAGAACAGACAGUUCACAGUGCUGAACUGCAAGGGUGUAUGUGGGCUGACCCCUGGCCAGACUGUGCCAGACCAGACUCUGAUGGUGGUCACUUGUGACCCGGGCCACCAACGUAACAACCAGAACUCCCAGUCCAUCACCAGUUGCACCAAUGGACAGUGGUUCCCUGAUAUCCCACACUGUGCCAAACUGUGUCCGAGCCUCACAUCAACCACAGUGGAUAUGUUGUGCUGGCAGGGCCCUGACGAGGGCUGUGACAAACCGAUGCUACCGGGGACUAAGAUCACCUUUAAAUGCAAAGAGCACUAUAAGACCAACGACCAGAACUCUCCCAACAUGAUCCGUUGUGAGGAGUCAGGUCAAUGGUCAGGUCAGCUGCCUCAUUGUACACCAAAGUGUGGGCAAUCUAACUUGGACAGCUACCUUCUGCCUACAGUGCUUGGAGGGAAUGUAUCCAAGGUAGGGAAUUUUCCUUGGCAUGCUGCCAUCUUCCACAAUCGUGAAGGAGAAUGGCAGUCGGUAUGUGGCGGUACAUUAAUCACCAGCAGGAUUGUGCUCACAGCGGCUCACUGUGUGACAGGCCAAUCCCGUGUGGAACCCCCUGUCUUUGACGUACAGGAUGUGAUUGUUGCCUUAGGGAAGUACUACCGUGACUGGAGCAUUCAUGAGGACACUGAGACAGUAGUUACGGUGAGGGAGAUUCAUGUCCAUCCACUGUACCGUGGCGAGCCACAGCACUUUGGCGAGGACAUUGCGACACUAGUGCUAGCCUAUGAUGUUUCUGUGAACAGCUUUGUCAUGCCAGCCUGUGUCGACUACAGUCUGUCUCAUGUAGACAAGAUAUUCAGGAAACAAGGCUAUGUUGCAGGAUGGGGCAACACGAUGGAGUGCAGCGGCUUUGGUGCAGUGUGCGAUUCCCGCAGUACAGAGUUGUUAUUCACAAAAACAUCGAUUAUGAGCUACCAGGACUGCUACAGAGCCACUCAGCCCCUGCACCCAGCAUCUGAUAGUAAGCUGACAAACGACAAGUACUGUGCUGGCAAUGGUACAGUGUCUAUUGUCCAGCAAGGAGAUAGUGGGGGAGGCUUGACAUUCGUGUUUGAUGGAAACCACUAUGUAUAUGGCAUUGUAAGCACAAAGUUGAAGCUGGAUAUAAACAACAAACCCUACUACAGCUUUGCUUCUUUCACCAGUGUACCAUAUCAUAUGGAUUGGUUACGGACCCAGGUGUAUUAGAAAAGUGUUGUUUAUUCAGUGGUUUUUGGAUUCUGUGAUAGGUAAUAUGUUCAAUGAAGUUUGUGUUAAUUACAAAGGAUUAGAAACAAUACAAUAAUCAGUGAAAUAUUUUAUGUUGCUGAAUGUUAUUUGACUUUUCAUAUUGGUUAUGUCCUGAUAAAUGUAAUUUUUUAUGAUAAGUAGUAUCACUAAACUACAUUUUACAGAAGUUUUCUAUUGUUAAUAAAACACAUUUUAGAGACUAUUCCUCUCAAGACUACAUUAUGAAGAUAUAAGUGUGAACUCAUUUCUCUACAGAGAAGGGAGUCGAUAAUAGAACUUCAAAUAUCCUGAAAUGUUAUUUUUCUUUAACUUAGAACAAGAGAAAUAUGCAUCC